ACUGGUCGUGGAACAUCUCUUUCAUUUGAUUUUGGUCUAGAUCUUUCUCAUCAUUUUCUUCUCUAUGCAUCAUCAAACAAUAUCAAACAUCAACAUCUAGCACUUGCUACUUAUUUUAUCUUCUUAUUCAAAUUAACGAAUGGUGAAAAAGAUUUAUGUAUUGCAAUGAAUAUCGACAAUCGUUAUAGAGAUGAACUAAAAUCUAUUAUCGGACUAUUUGAGAAUGUUGUUCCAUUACGAUGUCAACUAGAUCCUCAUUGGUCUUUUCAUCAAUUAACGAAGAAUGUUCAUCAGACUACAAUAAAUAGUAUGAAAUAUUCAUAUUUCCCCCUUCAACGUAUUCUCAAUCAACAUUCAAAUGUUUCCAAACCAGUAUUUGUUGGUAUAUCCUUUGACUUUCUAUCAUCUAUGACAACAAUUGACAAUGAACUGAUCAUGAUUGGUGAUAGUCAACUUUCUUCCAUCCCUUUCACAAUGAAUAAUAAUGGUAAUCAGAUUAAAUAUAAGAAUGAUUUCUCACUUCUAAUUCGACAUGAUCUUCAUGUCAAUCAACUCUUAUGCACAAUCAAUGCAUCACUUGACUUGUUCCAUCGAGAGACAGUAGAGAAGAUUUCACAACAAUUUCAUUCCAUUCUACAUCAAUUGUCUGCAUCCAUUAUUGAUAGUGAAAUAAACAAACCGAUCUGUGAAUUAUCAUUAGUGUUAUCAAAUGAACAAUAUUUAAUACAAUCAAUGAAUAACACACAAAUACCAUUUCCGUCUCCUCUCACUUGUAUUCAUCAUGAGUUUGUGUAUCAAGUAAUGAGACAUCCACAAAAACUAGCAGUUGAACUUGAUGAACAAUCUCUAACAUAUUGUGAACUCUUACAUUAUGUUCAAAUAUUAUCUUUAACUCUUCUUAAUGAAUAUCAUGUUGUUCCAGGUGAAGUUGUGUGUCAAUGUGUCGAGAGAAGUUUAUCAAUGAUUAUUGGUUUAUUAUCAAUUGAGAUGGCUGGUGGUGUAUAUUGUCCAUUAUCACCAGAAAAUCCGGAACAACGUCUUCAAAAUCUUGUAGAACAAACACAAGCUCACAUUAUACUUGUUCAUUCAUUAACAAAUCGAAUAUUUAAAAAUGAUUUUAUUACACAUGAUAUUGAUACAGCUAUAAACAUCAAUGAUAAAACUACAAAUGAUGAUCUUUAUCGAUUAUCAAAUAUUUCAGUAACUCCAAAUAAUAUAUCAUAUAUUGUUUUUACAAGUGGCUCAACAGGAACACCAAAAGCGGUUCAAGUACGACAUCGUAACUUAACUGCUUAUAUGCGAAGUCUUGUCAAAAUGACUGUGUUUAAAAAAAGUGACAAUAUAAUACAAAUGGCAAGCUGUUCUUUUGAUAAUCAUUUUCAAGAUAUUUUUGUAACAUUAAUGAUUGGUGCUGGUUUAGUUAUGUUACAUCCUCAUGGUAAUAAAGAUUUAAUAUACUUUACUCAUGUAUUAUUGGACAAAGAAGUGACUGUUUUGGAAGCUGUACCAAGCUAUCUCGAUAUAUUAUGUCAAUAUCUUGAAAUACAAAAUGCAAAUGAAUGUUUAAAGAAAUUGCGAACAUUGAGUAGUGGAGGUGACGUUUUAACAAAUCAAAUAAUGCCACGUUUAAGAAAAUAUACUUCUGGUCCAUCAUCAUCGUCAUUAUUGGAUGGCUGUCGACUAUGGAAUACGUAUGGACAAGCCGAAGCAACAAUUACUUCGACAUACUUUCUAAUAGAAUUCGAUUUUGAUUGUAACAAACAAGUGAUGUCAAUUGGAAAACCACUUCCUUACUUUCAUUGUGUAGUUAUGGAUGAAUAUUUUCAAUUUGUUGGUGUUAAUCAAGAAGGUGAACUAUUUGUUGGUGGUGCAUGUGUAUUCGCUGGGUAUUUUCGUCGUGAUGAUUUGACUGCAAAAGCUCUUCUUGAAAUAGAUGGGCACCUAUUCUAUCGAACAGGUGAUCUUGUCACAUUAGAUGACAAUAGUCUUCUUUAUUAUCAAAGGAGAAAAGAUCAUCAAAUCAAACUACAUGGACAAAGAAUUGAACUUGGUGAAAUCGAACGAUGUUUACUUAAUAUCACAUCGAUCUCUGCUUGUGUUGUGACGAAAUGGAAUGAUGACUAUUUAGUUGCAUAUGUUCAAAGUUCUGAUAUUAAUGAACAGAAAUUGCGUGAACAUUGUCAGUCUCAUCUUGCACCACAUAUGGUUCCAUCCGUCUUUAUUAUACUUGAUAAACUACCUUUGAAUCAGAAUGGAAAAGUAGACAGAAAACAACUUCCUUCACCUCGCUUCUCAUCUACAAAUGUCGUAAACAGUAUAGAACUAUUACUACCAACAAAUGAUAUUGAAGUUCGUAUUCAUCAUAUUUGGUGUGAAACAUUCAAACAAAAUCAAAUAUCAAUUGAUACAAAUAUCUUUACUAUUGGUGGCCAUUCAUUACUUUUGAUGCAACUUUUUCAUCGAUACAAAACGCAAUUUCGUCUAGAACAAAAGCAAAGUAGUUUCUCAAUAUCUGACCUUUUUCAACAUCCAACAAUUAUUCAUCAUGGUCAACUCGUUCAGCAGUCUGUUGAUAAUAUCUAUACUUUUGAUCACUCUCAUUGGUCAUCAUUACAUCUCAUUCAAGCUAGAGCAUCAUUUGCACAAGAACGAAUCUAUUUAGAUGAACAAAUUCGUUUUUCAUCUAAGGAAACGAUGAAUAAUAUGUAUGUUAUUCCAUUAAUUUAUCGAAUAUCAUCUAUGAAUGAUCAUAUAUCUAUUUCACGAUUACAACAUGCAUUUCAAUCUAUCAUUUCAAAACAUGAAAGUCUUCGAACGGCACUCUAUCUUGAUACAGAUGGCCAUAUCAUACAACAUUGUUUAGAUACAAAUGCUAUUAUCAAUGAUAAGAAAGCACCUCGAUUUUUGAAGAUUAAUCUUCCUCAUGAAGAGUAUGAACAGGAUGAAAUUGUAAAAAAGAUAUUAAAUUCACCAGAUUUAUUUGAUUUAUCAAAAGGACAUGUGAUUAAUUGUCAUAUUCUUCGUCAUCAGCAAUCAAAUCAUCUAUUCACUCAGAAUAAUGAUGAUCUAUUAACUAAAGAUGAUAUCAUAAUGUUUACUAUUCACCAUGCAAUGUUUGAUGGAGCAUCAGAACCGAUCUUCAUUCAUGAUCUUUCUCAUGCUUAUCGAUCUAGUGACCUGCUCCGUACAGAUGAUAAUUUAUUACAAUAUAUUGACUAUUCUAUUCAUGAACACAUAAUGGAUAUGACACUAGCUCAACAAUUCUGGCAAUUAGAACUCAAAGGACAUAACCUUGUACGACAUUUACCAUUACCUGUUGAUCGACAUCGCGCAUCAAAUGAUCAACAACGAUCAGGUUUAGCAUCCACAUCGGAAAUCAUUUUUGAUAAUGAAUUAUGCACAUCAUUUCUCAACUAUGCAUCAUCACAUCAUCUCACACUCUUUCAACUUGGAUUAUCCAUAUUUUAUGUCUUUCUAUUCAAACUAACUCAUGGUCAAAGUGAUCUAUGUAUUGGUUCGAUUAAUGCUAAUCGAUAUCGAAGCGAACUAGUGAAUAUGAUAGGAAUGUUCGUUUCAACAUUACCAUAUCGUUUUGAACUUGAUCCGCAUUGGUCUUUUGAUGAAGUAGUGAAGUAUGUGCAACAGAAAUGCUUAUCAAUUCUUGAACAUUCACAUUAUCCACUACAGCAUAUUCUUGGUGAUAAUCGGUCAAAUCAAUCGAAUGCAUCAUUUCUUGAGAUAAUAUUCGACUUCAUUAGUGUGUCAGAAGAUAUCGAACAUUUAUGUUUGAAUGGUACAAAUUUAGAACAAAUAUCAUUAGAAGGAAUAGCUGAAAUGGCUAAAUUUGACUUCUCAUUAACAUUUGUCUACAAUCUAUUAUCUGAUAACAAGAAAUUGUCAUACUAUUUUGUUUGUUCACAUGAUCUGUUUGAAAGUUCAACUAUUUCAAAGAUAGCCCAAAGAUUUCAAUACAUGCUUGAGCAAGCGUUUCAAACAAAAUCCAGUAGCACUGCUAUGGUCAAUAGGAAUUCAUCAAUUAAAAAACUGUCUCUUAUUCUCCCUGAAGAAGCUGAAGAAAUGGAAACUAUGACUGAACUAAAUUAA